UUUCGCUCUGAGAUGAUCGGCAAAAGAGUACAGGAACUCCUUGCUCAGGCGAAAUUUUGUGCGCGCUACUGCACUUCGUAAAGCGACACUUACGGGGAAGGAAUAUAAAAAAGCGAAUGGGUGUGCGCUACAGCUGAUGCACUGCAUCAAAACAUAAGACACGUAAGUGGAAGGCAGCUAUCUGACUCCCAAAUCAGACCCUGUUACAUCGGUACCCCACUCUCUUUCUCUCCGGCAUUUUAAUGUUUUCUUGCAGCAGAUUCUCCCGGAAGGGGGCCGAGCAUGCUUCCUUCCUGAGCGACGCCUUCUUUCCUUUCUCGCCUAAGAAAAAAAAAAACACGUAUCAGCAUCAAAGACGCACGCGCGUAACUCUCACCUUUCCUCUCGAGCGCAGAGUGGAGACCGAAAGGCGCAAUGCGGACAUGGGUGCUGUGCCUGCUGCUGGGGCUUGUGUGCCUUAUUGCCAUUUCCAUCGCCACCCUGGUGCUUCAGCUCCCGCCAGAACUCCUGGCUAGCUCUGGGCCCGAAAAUGAUCCGGACCAGCACAGCCCUCCUCUGGUGCCGCAGAAGCGAAAGGGAGACUUAACCAUCAUCGGGCCUGUAAAUGACGUGUCCGACACUUUUGAUGGCGUUGACAGAGACACUGGAGCGGGGCCACCGCAAUCGCUGCUGGCGCCACAGGACCCGUUACCCGACGCCUAUCUGGUUCCUUCGGCGGGCAGUUCCCCAGACACACCCAGCCGAGGAGGUGGCAACAAUGACUUGGAGACGAACGUAGACGUACUCAGCGCCACAGACAUAAGCAUCGCAGUUGAAGCAGAAACAACCGCGCCCACUCCGGUUACAUCGUUGCCUAGGUUUCCCGAGACCACCGAAGACGGCCGUCCACUCGUCAAUACUACGACCGGCAGGGUGGCGGGGUUUAAAACGGAGGUGCUCGGUCGCAAGCUAGACGUUUUCCUUGGUAUUCCCUUCGCUACGCCGCCUCUAGGAGAGCUCAGAUUUAAGAAGCCGCUGCCAGUGCGACCAUGGGACAACGUUCUGGAGGCUAAAGAGAUGGGACCACCGUGCUACCACAUUUCUUUCGCAUCCAGCUGGAGUUGGGCUGCCAGCAAAAAACCUGAAAGCGAAGACUGCUUGCACUUGAACGUGUGGUCUCCCGACACAACAGGACGCAAUGCGACGAAUGGCUCUACAAGACUGAGACCCAUGGUCGUAUUCAUUUACGGUGGAGGUUUCAACAUCGGCUCCACUGACUGGGAGUUCUACGAUGGUGGUGUGCUUGCAGCUUACGGUGACGUAGUGGUGGCCUCCAUGAACUACCGACUCGGGGCACUGGGGUUCCUCAACGCGGACAUCGAAGACAUCCCCGGUAAUAUGGGGCUGUACGAUCAGCACCUGGCUCUACGCUGGCUAUACGAGAACGCGAGAUCCUUCGGUGCCGAUCCUGCUCAUGUGGUGCUCAUGGGCGAAAGCGCCGGCGCAGUGUCUGCCGGCCUUCACCUAAUUUCGCCCAUGAGCCGCAACAUGGUGAAGCGCGUCAUCCUGCAGAGUGGCAGCCCGUUGUGGGACACACCGGACAACACGGCCGACGGAAUUAAGAAGGCCACAGAGUUCGCAGAGAUCUUCAAGUGCGCCAACUCCACACACAACUUUCAGGAUGGGGCCGCAGCAGACGACGUAGUUCACUGUCUGCGCGAUAUCGAUGCUAACACGCUCUUCCGCACGGCCGAGAAGGCCCUGGGAAAACGUGUGCUGACGUACCACCCUCGGCACGGCGAUGACUUCAUGCCAAUCAACGCGCAUGAGGCUCUCAGGAAAGGACUCUUCAAGGACUCGGAUGUGCUUCUGGGUGUGAACAAGGAUGAAGGCAGCAUCUUCGUCGCAAACACGCUGCCUUACAUUUUCCUCAACAGCCUAGCGCCAAACAUAACCAAAGAUGAAGCGGCGUUCUACCUCAUCUUCUUUUUCCAGUACAUCAUCCGGACAGGUACUCGUGACAUCAGGGACCACUACUUCAAGAACAUCAAGGACCGAGACUACCCGAGCGUUCGAAACGCAUUCAUCGAGGCCAUCGGCGAUUAUCUUCAAAUUUGCCCUACAAUUUACUACGGCGAGGUGUACUCGGAGUUCAACAACAGCGUCUAUUUCUACCACUUCUUGCACCGGCCCAGCAACAGCUACUGGCCAGAGUGGUUGGGCACGGCGCACUUCGACGAGGUGGAGUUUGUGUUUGGUGUGCCGCUCAGGUUCCCCAAGCAGUUCACAGAAGAAGAGGUACUGUUCUCGCGUCAAAUUAUGGAUAUCUGGAUGACCUUCGCAAAAACGGGCAAGCCGCCAGCCAUGGACGGCACGCCGUGGCUUCGCUUCUCGGAACUUAACCCGGUGCACAUGGAACUGAGUCCCAAGCGGUUCCGGCUGGGCAAAGGGCUACACGCCGACCACUGCCGGUUCUGGAAGAAGUUCAUUCUCAAGCAAGAAGCUGACCUCGGUGAGCUUAUCGAGCGGUACUGGUACGACGUCCGCUUCCAGUUCUUCAUCGAGGGUCGCAAGUCCACCACUUACUGCAUCAGCGCCGAGCAGGCACCCACCGUCCGCCUUCAGCAGCUCAGGCUCAUCGACAUCGCCAAGGGGCACUACGAGGCCUCGUUGCUAAUCUUGGCGUCCAAGGAUCUCCCGGAGUUGCAGUUGGAGACGUGCGAGCAACCCAAGCUUUUCCUGACUAUCAAACUCAAGUACGAAGUCCUAGACUGGAAGACACCACCGGCGAAGCUUACGUUCUCGAGCGUGGGCAAGCCGCCUCGGCGAGAGCGCCGGCUGGCGUCGUUUAACGGAAGAACUAACCUAGAUAGCGACCUUUUCUCUUUUCUUUUUUUCGGCCAGUCGCCGCCCGCACUGUCGGCCGCAGCGCGUGCGGCGCCCUUGAAUGGAACGGGUGGAAUGCACCUUUCUGUCAAGAAGACCGCAGGGUCGUCAGGCGAAAUGGGUAAAUCAGUUUUCAUCUGUCUCCUCCUAUGCCCACUCUCCACGCUCUGCGUGCGGCGGGAGCAGCCGUCGAGCGAUGUGUUGGCCUACACAAAGUCGGGCGUUCUACGUGGCAGCACGCUGAUGGUCAUGGGAAAACCCGUAGACACCUACUUCGGCAUACCAUUCGCCCAGCCACCCGUAGGGGACCUGCGCUUCAAGAAACCCGUCCCGAUCAAACCGUGGGGCGGAAUCCGAAACGCGACCCGGCUUCCACCACCGUGCGCUCAAAUAGAGCUCGAGCUCCCCAUGACCUGGACCAAGAGCAAACAGCCCGCGUCGGAGGAUUGUCUGUACCUGAACGUGUGGGCGCCGCCAUGCUCGCAGGAGGACUGCAACUGCUCGCUCAAGAACAUCCUAGUCAACGUGUACGGAGGCGGCUACAGCGUAGGCUCGAGCGACUGGGACAUCUACGACGGCGCUGCUCUAGCGUCCAUCGGAGACGUCGUGUACGCCAAUAUGAACUAUCGAGUCGGCGCUUUCGGCUUCCUCAACGGCAAGGUUCCCGAAGCUCCCGGGAACCAGGGGCUUUUCGACACCCUUCUGGCGGUAAAGUGGAUCAAGGAAAACGCCGUGGCGUUUGGCGGUAACCCCGACAAGAUCACGCUGUUCGGCGAGAGUGCCGGAGCGGUUACCGUUGGCUACUUCCUGGUCUCUCCCCUGGCCAGGGGCAUCGUCAAUCGGGUCAUCAUGCAGAGCGGCAGUCCGUACUGGAGAAUCGGCGACAACACUGACGGUGGACCUCAAAAGCUUCUCGACAUGGCGAAGAAAGUCGGCUGUGCUGACGCCGCCGUGGACUUCCAGCGGGACCACGAGAGCGUCAUGCAUUGCAUGCGAACAAAAGUUUCCGGAGAGGCGAUCCUCGAAGCCGGUCGUCAGAUGUACGGCAAGAAGCACUCGAGCGCUUUCUUCCCGAGUUAUGGUGACGAGUUCCUACCCCAAGACCCCGUGAAGAGCUUCGAAAGCGGCGACUUCGAUCUUAACACACCCGUGCUGUUGGGCACCAACCAAGACGAAGGUUCUGUAUUCCUGACCACGAUCCUUCCCGAGAUCUUCCCCCACGACGGUGUCGUCGAGUUGUCAAAGGACGAAGCCGGAUUCUACCUCAUCUUGAUGUUUCAGUAUCUCAUGGGCAAGACGACCACUGAAGUCAGAGACUUCUACUUCAAACACAUGCACAAUCCCAACACCUCCGCUGUACUCACGGCAGCGUCGGACGCCGUGGGUGACUACGCUUUCACGUGCCCCGUGAACUACUUCGCCAAGGCCGUGUCUCGCAGAGGCGGCGAUGUCUAUUAUUACUAUUACACGCACCGUUCAGCCCGCACCAACAGGUCAGAGUGGAUGGGAGUGGCCCACUUCGAGGAGUUUCCGUUUGUCGUCGGCCUGCCAUUUUGGUGCGAUCUUCACUACCCCGAGGAAGAGAUACGUUUCAGCCGGCAAGUGAUGGACAUCUGGGUAACAUUCGCCAAAAACGGGAGUCCUCCCAGAGUGAAUGGUACUGAGUGGCCGAAGUACUCGGAAGAGGCCCCGUACUACAUGGAACUCAACCCGAAGCACUUCCACGUGGGCCGCGGUGUGCACGAGCACAGAUGCCGGUACUGGAGAAAGCACAUCGUUCGAGACGCCUUAUGAAAAGGAAUAAAACGAGAGCCGCUUCUCAUGCUCUCUAUAUGUAGAGUGUUCAUUCGUUUCUAUAUAAAGCACGUUUUGCACUUGG